AUGGCAAUCGUCGAGGAAGUAGAAGAAGGUUCUGACAUCAAAGAGACCGUCGAAAAGCUUAAACGGGAAGGCAAUGAGAAAUUUGGAGUAGGAGAAUGGACAGCAGCUGCUGAAAAGUACAAGGAAGCACUUGAUCUGUGUCCGCCGGACUUGGAUUCCCUUCGAUCUGUUUUGUUCUCCAAUCUUGCGGCUGUUUAUAUCAAACAGAGUGAAUGGAAAGCCUCAGCUGAAGCGGCAACAGAAGCUAUAAAGGCAAACGUGCCAAAUGAAAAAGCAUUGGAGAGGCGAGCUUUCGCGUUUUCGAAUAUUCCCGAAAAAUAUCAAGAUGCAAUACAGGAUUACGAAAAGCUAAAGGAGCAAUUUCCCCAUCGAACGCAAUAUCUGGAGAAAAUCGAAGAAAUUAACCAGAAGAUUGCAGUGCGUAAUGAACAGAUGAAAAGUGAGAUGCUAGGAAAGCUGAAGGAGCUAGGUGAUGUAUGUCUACGCCCCUUCGGCUUGUCAACGGACAGUUUCCAAGUGACACAAAAUGCAGACGGAGGAUAUAAUAUUUCCAUGAAAAACGCAGCACAACAAUGA